AACAGCAAUGGCUAGCUCUAGCCUCUAGCUGUGUUUUGCUCUCAACCUGACCAAGUCUUAUUUAUUAUUGUUACUCCAAGUCUCCAAAAGUCCAACCUUCCUCCGAAAUGGAGUCCAGUUGGUGGGCAAAGCAAAUGAGGGCACCACCAGUGAGCGAGAGCGGCUUACGGUCGGCAAUGAAUAGCAGCACCAAAGCAUAGUCAUGUGGUGGUUGAAUAAGUUGCCACACUUGGAACUCCGACUUGGAAUGAUAGAAGAUUGAUUGCCUUCAUAAGCCCGACCAAGUCUCGAUUCAUUCCUUUUCAUAAAUCUUCUCUUUUUUCCUUUCUUCACUUGUAUUGGAACCACAUUCACACUUGCUAGAUUCUCCUACUGCUCAACGCUAAUUCCGUCUAUUCAUCAUGCCAGCCAUCCAUUCAUUGCUAUCUAUUUAUACUUUCUUUCUUUAUUUAAGUCCUUUAUAUGCUCCACACUCCACUACUGUUUUUCAUCUCUAUCUGCCUAUCUCUGUAUCUAUAUAUAUAUAUAUGUAUAUUGAAAUACUGAUAGAUAGAUAGAUAGAUAGAUAGAUAGAUAGAUAAAUUGAUAGAUAGCAUAGAGUGUAGUGUUGGGUGUUUGAGAGAAGAUGGUAAAGAAGGGUUGUUGCCCAAAGGAAGGCCUCAACAGGGGAGCUUGGACAAGCCAGGAGGACAAGUUGUUAUCAGAUUAUAUCAUGACUAAUGGCCUUGGGAGAUGGAGAAGUUUACCAAUCAAUGCAGGAUUGAACAGGUGUGGCAAGAGCUGCAGGUUAAGAUGGUUGAACUACCUGAGACCAGAUAUUAAGAGAGGAAACAUCACUGAGGAUGAAGAGGAUUUGAUCAUCAGGCUCCAUAAACUCCUUGGCAACAGGUGGUCCUUGAUAGCAGGAAGAUUGCCGGGGAGAACAGACAAUGAAAUCAAGAACUACUGGAAUACUUAUCUGAAGAAAAAGGUUUCAGGACACAAUACACCCCAAGAACAUCAUCAUUCUGCAAAGAUUAAUAAACCAAUUGUAACAAGUACCGAAGAAGAGAACAACAACAACAACAACAACAACAACAUCAUCAUCAAAAACCUACAUGUUCAUGCCAUCAGGACCAAAGCUGUUCGGUUUACAAAACCUCACAUCAUCUCCAAUCAAACUCCAAACUCUUCAGAUGAUAACAUGAAAGAGUACUUCUCCAUAGAUGAUCCCCAUGAACAAUAUGAACCUAUUCUUCCUUCUUACAUCGAAGAGACAAUGCAGUGUGACCCUUUUGAGAGUAGCAAGUGUACAACUGCGUGUGAUACUGAUAAAGGACCCAUGGAUGGACAUGGACAUGGACAUGGACAUGGAGAUGGAGAUGAAUUCAUGGCCAAUAUCUAUGAUAUUGAAAUUGGAGAGCUUGAUAGCUUGUCUUCUUUCUUUGAUACUGAUUCUUGGAUCUCCAUUAUACCUCACAAGUUCAAUGACGACUUCAUCCAGCAUUAAUUGAAUUUAUAUAUAUAUAUAUAUAUAUAUAUUAAUUAAUGUAUAUUAA